UCCGACGCGAAGGCGCGAUGCGGGGGGGUCGCGGGAGGCGCGCGCACCCUCUGCCAGCCAACCAAAGCGGAGCCCCGAAACCCGAGCUCCGGCUGCGUCGCGCGCGCGCGCACUCUUUGCCCCGUCGUCCCGAGCCCGAGGCGCGCGCACAGCCCGCUCGCCAUGCGCGCACCGCUCGCCCUGCUGCCGCUGCUGCCGCUGCUGCUGCUGGCGCUCGCCUCGUGCCUGGGGGGCUCCGGGGGGUGCCAGCUGCCCCACGACUGGAGACCCCAGACGGAAGCGUGCCGAGCCGAGCUCGCCGAGAUCAUCGUGUUCGCGCGCGUGCUCGCGCUGCACAAGGACGCGCACGGCGCCUACAACUACCUGCCGUGGCAGGACGACGCGGGGCUCUUCUUCUCGGCCGAGAUCGAGCUGCUGUGCGACCAGGCGUGGGGCAGCAUGCUGGAGGUGCCCGCGGGCUCCCGGUUCAACGUGUCCGGACUGGGAUACUUUCCGUGUUACUCGUACAGCGUGGUGGAGAACAACAGCUACUACUUCUUCUUGAGGAUGGAUGAGAACUACAACAUCAUCCCCCAUGGCGUAAACUUCCAGGACCCCAUUUUCCCGGACACACCAGAAAACCACCGCAUGUUUGCUAGCCUCUUCCAGUUUGCCAACUGCACACCUGGGACCCAGGUCCACACCUACACGCCGGAGUGGGAGGCUCAGGAAGAUAGCCGGCUUCUGUGUUCCACUAUCCAGAAGGCCCUGUUUGAGGAAGAGGAGCGGGUGAAGACGCUCUCCCAGAAGGUGCGCUUCCUCGAGAAGACCAACAACCACCUGCGGGACAAGGUGAAGAACAUGAAGCGCCUGCUGCGCCAGGCCAAGCGGGAGACCAAGGAGCAGACCCUGAUCCUCAAGCAUCUCCACGAGCCGCACCCCCAGCAGGAGACCACCCAGGACCAGAGCAAGCCUCUCAAGAAGGUCCUCGCCAAGAAGCUGAAGGACUGAGUCCAUCCCGCCGAAGGGCAUCAUCAGGGACGAUGCCGGUGCUCGCUAUGACACGGUGUACAUACAUGUAGGCGAACGACUACACCCCCUACAUACUGAGCAGUGAGCGGCGGAGGAAUAGCUGUAGGCCCGAGAUGUCAUGAGGUACCGUGUCAGAGGCUCAGGACAUAGACCAGAUGCACACGCUUAUCUCUCAAUGUUAAGUUCUCUCACGCGAUGCAAUUAGGUUCGAGUGCGUUUGCCAGCAGUCCCUUUUACAGCACGUCCACACAUCCCUCGUAGUUUAGAAAGCUAAGGCGCAACGCAAAACGGUCUUCCCGCCAAAAAUACCGCGGCGUGUAGGAUCCUUCCUUUUCGUCUGCACCGUUUCCACUUGCUGACGUUUCAUUUUGCCAAGUCGGUGUAUUCACUGGUAUGUCACUCGCCGCGCUACCGUAGUAAACUCUGUUACUUUGCAUAUAAACCGGAGAGUAAACGUCCGACCCUUAUAGAUGCAUAUUUGAGAGAGCUCCAGUUUUAAAGCGAUGAGGGUAAGAAGACAGUUUUAUGAGUCCGCUGGCCAAGAGCAGAUGUGAUUUCCAGCUGUGGUUCCAGGCAACAGCUGCAAGCCGUGCUUCAUUCUGACAUGGCGGUAAUUAUUAGACGCACGGCGGUGGGAAUGCCGCGGUGAGCCGAUUGCUCCGUCACCCGAGCAGCGGCCAGGUCUUGUCCCUCCCUUCUCCCACCCCUAUCUCGACAGAACAAGGGUUCGAAAGUCACUCGUGGUAACGCCUUGCUGACUGGCACUGCGCUUACCUUGGAAUUGAUCUUCAUAUUUGGGUGUCGCCAGGUGGACGUAAAAACGCCUCGGUUCGGACCAAGGUUAUGAUCUUGGAUGCCGACUGUUAAUAAAAGCAAUUAUCCCUGAACAUAAAAACAUUGUUUACACAUUUCAAGAAAAUUUUUUGUGCAGAUUACACCUGCGUUGUCUUUCCAGCUUAUGAUUCUGAGCUCUUGCCUCCCUAUAAAUUCUCAAGGCUGUGGUAGAUUUUUGUAUACAUAUGAGGUACAUUUCAGUUUUUUUUUGUUUUUUUUUCUUUUUUUUAAAACGGGGUGCUGAGCACUCUAUGAAACCAUUAAAAAACUGUGUGUCAUAAUAACAUCUGUCUCUUUUUAAGCACUGACAGACAGGGCUUCACACCAGGACUUCAUUUCUCGCAGUUGAAUGUAAUAAGCUUCUGGUUUCAUUUAAUUCAAGUGUGUUCAUGUAGGGUAACACAUUCAUGAGCAAAAGUGCUAUUUCUUAAGCUUGAGCUCUUAUAAACAUUGAGUGUAUUUUCAUAUUAUUUCAUAGUAAAACCAAUACUUUACAAUGCUUAAUUCAUUUCAACAUUUCGUGUGAAAAAUAACAAAUAAACGUACCUUUUCUAAG